AUGCGUCGGUGUACUACUCUGACUGCACUUUGCCGGCCUAGUGCUUCCCCAUCCUCCUCGACAAUCCUGCAUUCACGGCACUACUCUGGUCUACCUGUGUAUCUUGAAGACUCAAAGUCAAGCGAGCUGUCUCCCGAAGAGAAGGAGGAGCGAGAAGCGCGGUUCCGUCAACGCAAAACGGAAUGGAAAAGGAGACAAGGGGGUCAAACUUUUCUUGACCACAUGAUUGUCACAGUCCGCGCAGGUAGAGGUGGGGACGGCUGCGUAGCCUUUCAUCGCGAAAAGUUCCAGCAGUACGGGCCACCCUCCGGCGGAAACGGCGGCCGCGGAGGCGAUGUGUACAUCCAACCCACAUCCCAUCUAACGACACUGUCCUCUGUCUCUCGACGAGUGCGCGGCAAUGCGGGCGGAACAGGCUUGGGCACCUUCCAGAACGGUCGCGCAGGCGAACCUACUAUAAUACGCGUCCCGCUCGGUACCAUCGUGCGCGAACUUCCACGCGGAGACCCGCGUCGACAACCAGACGAAUGGGAAGCGCAUGAAGCAGACCUUGAGGGUCUCGACACCGAAGAGCGGCAGGCUGAAUGGCGCCGUCGCCGCUUCAUUCACUUCCCGAACUACGAGGAGAGCAAUAUGGAUCGCGCCGCAUUCAAAGACGCCAUUUGGGAGUUGACGAAAAUGGAGCGGGAUAUGCGAAGAGCUCGUCGAGAGCGCGAUGCUGCACCUUUACUACUCGACCUCAAUGUCGAAGAUGUUGUGGAACGACCGGCAGACUCACCGCUAGGGCUACCGCACGCGCAGAACUAUGGCACGUUGGUUGCAUCCGGUGGCACUGGCGGCUUUGGCAAUCCUCACUUCCUCGGUGGUAACCACCGUUCGCCAAAAUUUGCCACUCGUGGCUAUGACGGCGAGCGAGUGACGCUCGAACUCGAGCUGAAGAUCCUCGCGGAUAUUGGCUUCGUUGGCAUGCCCAAUGCUGGCAAGAGCACAUUGUUGCGUGCUCUCACGGUCGGUCGGGCGAAGAGCGAGAUUGCGAGCUACGCCUUUACGACGCUGAAUCCCUACGUGGGCGUUGUACGGGUCGCUGUUACCGGCGAGCUCAUGGGCGGUUCUCUGAACCAGGUGUACGAUAACACCCUCGUCGAAGAAGAGCGAGAUCGUCAGCUGAUGGAGAGCGGUGAACUGGCCAACAUACGCUCGAGAAAUCAGGAGCUCAACGACAGUUUGGAGGGGGCGCCUGAGUCCGGGCUUGAAGACUUCCGGUUCACCAUCGCCGAUAAUCCGGGUCUCAUUGCACAAGCGUCAGAAAACGUUGGACUGGGACAUUCCUUCCUGCGCUCAAUGGAACGGUCGCUGGCCUUGGUUUACGUGGUUGACCUCUCUGGCGACGCACCCUGGGACGAACUACGCGUAUUGAAGGAUGAACUGGAGAAGUAUCAGCAAGGAAUGAGCUCGCGCGCUAGGAUGGUCAUCGCGAACAAGGCGGACCUGUUCGACAGUACCAAUCCUCAGGCAGUAGCCGAGGCUCGAGAAAAGCUAGCGACGCUGGAGAGGGUUGUAAGAGAAGAGUUCGGUCCGCUGGAUGUCGUACCAACGUCUGGCAAGUAUAGCCAAAACUUGAAGAAGGUUGUCCGGCUCAUGCGGCAGUAUGUUGAACAUGCGCGAGCUUCAGGUCCCUAG